GUAGCACCAAAAGGAUUCUCGCGAGUUUAAGAACUCGGGAAUAGCUCGGAAAUUUUCAAAUUCUGCACGUUUCGUGCCAAGAUAAGCCGAAUUCACUCUCGAGAUGGACAAGUUUGUCGUUCGGCUCCCAAAGAAAAAGACGCCUCAGACCUCGAGGGGCACCGAGAAGGUUUACAAGCAAACCACCAUAGAAUCCUUACGGAGAGUGGUCGUCAUUGAAGACAUUUUGCGCUGUAAAUCCACACUGGAGCUGCCAGGACAGAGCAGCGACAACUUGCUGAGUGCCUUGGCCGAGCUGAGCAAAAAGAUGCCCUCCAAGGAGGUGCUGAAGUCCACGAAAAUAGGUCACACCGUCAACAAACUGCGGAAGCACCCGGAGCCCGAGGUGAGCUCGGCGGCCGCCAGGGUGUACACGGCUUGGAGGACGUUCGUGGAGGAGAAUUCCAACAAGCCGUCCAUCGAAGUGCGCUCGGACAAGCAAUCGGAAGGGCUCAGGAGCAACGCCAGGAGACUCCUGGCCGAGGCACUUGAGCUCAAGGAGGACUGCGGCCUCGUGGACAACACGGAGAGGGAGGUGUUCCACCAGAACGGCCGGGGAGUCAGCGGCUCGUACCGGAGGACGGUGCGAGCGCUGGUGUUUGCCUUCAGACGACAGCCCGAGCUCGGAGCUCAGCUGAAGCGGGACACCGCCUCGGUCGCCCAGCUGGUGUCCAAGUAUAAGAGAUGAAUCUCUGAUCAUUAACACUUGCUUUUUAUGCACCUAAUGUCUUUAUUGUCCAUCCAUCCAUCCAUUUUCUGAGCCGCUUAUCCUCAGAAGGGUCGUGGGAGUGCUGGAGCCUAUCCCAGCUAUCAACGGGCAGGAGGCGGGGUACACCCUGAACUGGUUGCCAGCCAAUUGCAGGGCACAUAUAAACAAACAACCAUUCGCGCUCACAUUCACACCUACGGACAAUUUAGAGUCUUCAAUUAACCUACCGUGCAUGUUUUUGGGAGGAAACCGGAGUACCCGGAGAAAAGGCACAGGGAGAUCAUGCAAACUUCACACAGGGGGGGGCGGGGAUUGAACCCCGGUCCUCAGAACUGUGAGGCAGAUGCUAUAACCAGUCGGCCUUGUCUUUAUUGUAUUGAAUGUAAAUAGGCAGUUUAUUAUUAUUGGUGAUGUAUUUUUUUCAUUAUUAUUGAUUGGUGUUUUGUUUUUAUACUGUAUUGAAAAUGUGAAUUAAAACAUUUAAAUUGUAUACAAUGGGUGCAUGCCUUGGUGGUAAAUAUGGAAGGGGGAAAAGUAUGUUUAUGCAAAAGAUGGAUGCAAGGAUAGAUGAAUAAAAAAUGUGACUGAAUGAAUGAAAAAAGUUGGUUAAAUCAAAGGAAGAAUAUAAGGAUGCAUAAACAAAAAGUGUGUCUGAGGGGAAGGAAUGCAGGAAGGAGGGAUGGUUGGAAGAACGGCAGAACUGGUUGUCAUUUCAGCAAAGGAAGGAUGGAAGUAAGGAUGCAAGAAUAAAAAGCAACUCUGAGGGAAGAAAGGAAGGAGGCAGGCGAGGGAGAAAAAGAUGCCAGGGAAAAAAAAGUAGGUCUGAGGAUGGAGGGAUGUUAGAAGAAAGGCAAAAAUGUUUCAGUCAUUUCAUUCAAGGAGGGAUGGAAGUAAGGAUGCAAGAAUGAAAAGCAACCCUGAGGGGAGGAAGCAGUUUCAGGAAGGAAAAGAUGCCUGGGAAACAACUGUAAAUGUAAUAACAUGAAAACAUUUUACAUUGGACCCACUUUGUAUUUUGUUUCCUGAGUAAAAGCAGAAUUUUUGA